CUCGACUCACAGCCAUUCGAGCAAGUUUCCAGCAGUCACAGUGCUACAUUGGUGACACACAAGCCUCCGACGACGGCUGGUUGCCGAAACCAUGCUACGACUCUUUACAUUCUACAUACUAAUCACCAUUGUUUGUUCACAGCAAUAUCAACCAAUGAAUGUGGGAUGCGGAUUCACAUGUACCAAAAAGGCGCAGUUCAUCACUUUCAUGGAUGGAACAUUGACAUCAGCGUCUUGCACGACCAGCUUAGCUGAUCCUCGCUACCGCUGCCUUGGUUGCUGCCAGUCAAGAGCUCUAAUCGCUGGACUAGCUGCAGCUGAUGCUACUGGUUUUCCCUCGAAUAAUGGAGUAGACUGCAUCUGCUGCUUUUAUAACAAAUGCAGAUAACCCAAUGAGCCUUUUACAUUUUGAUUAGCACAGAUUUGAAAUAUAGA